UCUCCCCUACCACUUCUGUCCAUUUGCCAAAAGCUUAGAGUUAAAGCACGGUGGGGGAAAAACCGGAUUAACCUGUGGCAGGCUCCGCGGCGCCGGCGACGAGAUCCUGGGGCGGCGGGGAUGGCGCCGGGGAGGCGGGGGCGGAGGCCGUGCUGCUGCUGCUAGUGGGAAAGCGUGGAGGGUAGUAGGUGGGUGAGAGGGACCGACGGACCGACGGACAUGAAGGCCCUGCGGCGAUCCAGCACCUCGACCUCUCCGUCCUCCUCCUCCUCGCCCACGGCCGCCUCGUCCCCGCCCUCCUCCUCCUGGAUCCACAUCCGCUCGCUCCUCGUCGCGGCCGCCUCGUCCAACUCCUCCUCCUCCUCGGCGGCGGCGGCGGCGGCCGCCGCGGCCGCGGGGAGCUCCGUGCCCGCCUUGGCGUCUGCUUCGGCGGCGGCGGCCGCGGCCUCGUCUUCGUCCUCGCCCGCCGCCUCCUCCUCGCCGCGCUCGGAUCGGGGUGGAAUUAAAUCUCCAUGGUCUCGAAGGAAAAGGAAAAGAGUACUUUCUCGUCAACAGUGGGAUGGUCAAUUUUCGGCCAACGGGAAACUUCGUGAUGGGGGAAAGAAGGUCCUAAAGAAAGUUCGUAGCGGGGGUAUUGAACCAGGCAUUCGGGCUGAAGUUUGGCCCUUCCUACUAGGAGUCUAUGAUUUAAAUAGCUCUGAAGAGGAACGGAAUACCAUCAGGGCUAAAAAAAGGAAAGAGUAUGAAAAACUGAGGCGGCAGUGCCAGCACAUUCUGAAUGGGUACAGAGGAAGUGGGCUGAAGUCAAUAAAUGAAGUGAAUAAUGAGGAGUGUUCUGCUCAAGGAAGUGGUGCUGAAGGAUCAGAAUCACCUUGUUUUGAAGAUGUCAAUGUCGAGAAGGCGUCUAGGUCACUCGAGGAACCGAAGCCUGAACACAGCGAGGCCGAGCAACCGGAAAUCACUAUGUGUGAUGAUGUUAUAGAAUCUAUGGAAGAAGACACAAGCGAGUUGAUUGAUGCAUAUCCAUGCAUAGCAGAGUCAGAAUCUUCUGAUUCCGAAUCAUCGGAUGAAGAUGACUCUGGAAGGAUAUCUGUGUGUGGCGAGGAGAGCUGCGAUCCGGAUCCUAAAUUUGCCAGGAGUAGUUCGUUCAAGGCAGAUAUUUUUCGGUUUAGCAGAACCCCGGAGGACUUCGCGACAUGGCAACGCAUCAUAAGGCUGGAUGCUAUCCGGGCAAAUGCGGAAUGGAUUUCGUUCUCCCGUGACCAGGCUGAAGUCCCCAAGGAGAAAGCUCUACAGUCUGCAGCAUCUGUUGGGUUGAAAGAUUUUGAUCAUUUAGAGCCCCAUAUGAUUUACCAUGCUGCUCGGUUGGUCGGACUUCUUGAAGCAUAUGCGAUCUACGAUCCGGAGAUUGGUUACUGCCAAGGUAUGAGUGAUCUCUUGUCACCGAUAAUCGCGGUGAUGGAGGAAGACGACGCGGCGUUCUGGUGCUUCGUGGGUUUCAUGAGGAAAGCCAGGCACAACUUCAGGCUGGACGAGGUUGGAAUAAAGAGGCAGCUGAAGAUCGUGUCGCAGAUCAUCAAGCGCAAGGACUCGCACCUGUACAGGCACCUGCAGAAGCUGCAGGCCGAGGACUGCUUCUUCGUGUACAGAAUGGUGGUGGUGCUCUUCAGGAGGGAGCUCACCUUCGAGCAGACCGUGUGCCUGUGGGAGGUGAUGUGGGCCGAUCAGGCGGCCAUCCGGGCCGGAAUCGGGAGGACCACCUGGGGGAAGAUAAGGCUGCAUGCUCCGCCGACCGACGACCUGCUGCUCUACGCGAUCGCGGCCUGCGUGCUGCAGAGGAGGAAGCUGAUCAUCGAGAAGUACAGCAGCAUGGACGAGAUACUGAGGGAGUGCAACAGCAUGGCCGGGCAGCUGGACGUGUGGAGGCUGCUGGACGACGCACACGACCUGGUCGUUAACCUCCAUGACAAGAUCUGAUCUGGUGCAGGUGCCCGCUCUCCCUCGCUCUCGCGGUGGCGGCAAAGGAGGCCUCGUCGGAACUUUUGAGGUAUCUCUGCUGCUGCUGCUGCUCGUCGAAAUGGUUCUGUUAUCUUCUGUCAGGUUCCCGGCAGGCACACGAACGAACCCGCUCCUAGGUAUAGAGGAUGUUGUAACCUAGAGCCCUCGCAUACGAGGCACUGAAAUACGACUGCUAUUCAUUGUUUAACCUGUUAUAGGCGAACCAACAGAUUUUUUUUCACGGAUGACGGUUUCAUUCAUCCACGCUGAAGGUAUGAUGAAGUAAUAACCAGCGCAGAGGUGGCUUUGUGCGCAGUUUGUCCAUGCAAGGGUCCAAAACGUUCUCUUCUGUGUAAUGGUAUGUAUGUUGCACUUUGCACGCCUUGGUAGCAGCGGUACUUCCUGUA